UAGAUCUGCAUAUGGCAUAUAGAUCUAGAUCUAUAAUCAAUCAGACAUUACCAGUCAUUUUUACAUUUCUUUAGUUGGCAGCUAUACCAUUAAAUAUUAAAAAAUAAUAUUUCUCUUGGUUUUUUUUUUAAAAUUAAAUGGUCAAAUUUUAAUAAAGUGGCAAAAUCUUCUUACGGCUAAUUUAAAAAUUUACAUAAAAGCUAACAAAAUGAAGGAAGUUAACUUUCAAAAUGAAGAGGUGGCUAAACACAAAUCAACAGAAAUUAGUGAACUUGAUGUUAUAACUACAGAUUCAGCAGCUGAUGAUCAUACUACAACAUAUAUGACACAAGAGCUUUCUACUAAUAAUAACACAGAACAUGUUUCAAAUGGCCAGUUCAGUCCUUCAUCUGAUUCAACAAAUAAAACUGGAUAUGAAAACAAGAACACAGUAGCAAAGCUGCACAAGUGUAAAAAGAAAUAUGAAUGUGAUGUGUGCCAUAAAACAUUUUUAAAUAGGAAAGAUUUAUCUAUGCAUAAAAUUCACUCUGGAGAAAAACCACACAAGUGUGGAGUGUGUCAUAAAAAAUUUAUUCACAGGCAACACUUGUAUAAUCAUACAAAAAUUCACAUCAUUGAUAAACCAUAUGAGUGUGAAGUAUGCAGCAAGAAGUUUUUUAAGAGGAAUGAUUUAUCUAUGCAUAAAAUUCACUCAGGAGAGAAACCUUUUGAGUGCGAAGUAUGUCAUAAAAAAUUUGCUUUUAUUAUGAAUCUAACCAGACAUAAUAAGAAAAUUCAUUCUGGGGAAAUAAUUGAAAAUGAUCAUUCAGUAGAUAAACCGUAUGAGUGUCAUGUAUGUCAUAAAAAGUUUAAUUACAGGAAACAGUUGUACACUCAUAAUAUAUUUCACUUUGUAGAUAAACCAUACAAGUGUGAAGUAUGUCACAAGAAGUUUUUUAAUAGGAAAUAUUUAUUAAUGCAUAAAAUUCACUCAGGAGAAAAACCUUAUGAGUGUGAAGUAUGCCACAAAAAAUUUGCUUUCAUUACAAAUCUGUCCAGACAUAAGAAAACUCAUUUUGAAGAAAAAUUUGAAAAAAUGUAUUCAAGUUCAAGAAUGGAUGUCAUUCAAUCAGAAGAAAAACCUUAUGAGUGUGAAGUAUGCCACUUAAAAUUUGCUUUAGUUAAAAGUCUAGCCAGACAUAAGAAAACUCAUGUAAUAGAAAAACCCGAAGAAAUGGAUUCUAUUGUAAGAAAGAAACCAGACGACCUUCACUCAGUAGAAAAACCUCAUGAGUGUGGUGUAUGUCAUAAAAAGUUUAAUCGCAGGAAACAGUUAUAUCAUCACAAUAGAAGUCAUGUAGGAGAUAAACCAUCUGAGUGUGAUGUCUGCCACAAAAAAUUUGUUUUCAUUACAAAUCUAUUCAGACAUAAGAAAACUCAUUUUGAAGAAAAAUUUGAAAAAAUGUAUUCAAGUUCAAGAAUGGAUGUCAUUCAAUCAGAAGAAAAACCUUAUGAGUGUGAAGUAUGCCACUUAAAAUUUGCUUUAGUUAAAAGUCUAGCCAGACAUACGAAAACUCAUGUAAUAGAAAAACCUGAAGAAAUGGAUUCAACUGUAAGAAAGAAACCAGACGACCUUCACUCAGUAGAAAAACCUCAUGAGUGUGGCUUGUGUCAUAAAAAGUUUUACCGCAGGGAACAGUUAUAUCAUCAUAAUAAAAGUCAUGCAGGAGAUAAACCAUAUGAGUGUGAUGUCUGCCACAAAAAGUUUUCAGGAAAUGGCUUUUUAAAAAAGCAUAAGCUGAUUCACACAGGACAGAAUCUGUUUCAAUGUAAUGUAUGUCACAGGAAGUUUGUUUUCAGCCAACACCUAGCACAGCAUAAACAAACUCAUGAUGCAAUAAAAACACAUGAGUGUGAUUUUUGCCACAAAAAGUUCAUGUAUUUUAAGCAAUUAUUGAUACAUAAAAAAUUUCACUCUGGUGAGAAACCUUAUGAAUGUGAAAUUUGUCAUAAAAGGUUUGCUGGAAAUGCCAAUUUAGAAACUCAUUUGCAACUUCACUCAGGAGAGAUAGCCUAUGAGUGUGAUGUAUGUCAUCAAAGGUUUUCUCGACAAGGUACCCUAAUAAUACAUAAACAGUUUCACACUGGGGAAAGAAAUUUUGAGUGUGAGUUGUGUCACAAAAAGUUUAUAGCGAAGGGACAUUUGUCUCGACAUAAACAGACUCAUUCAGAAUAUAAUACAGAAGAAUGUCAUUUGUGCAAAAAAACAUUUUUUAAUAGUUUCUUACUGUCUAAACAUCUGUAUUUGCAUACAGUAAUGUUACCAGAAGCACAAAAGUGUGAAGAAUGUGGAAAAAUGUUUACGAGGAGUGAUACUCUGCAGAAGCAUAAAGACAAGCAUGCGGGCAUAAAAUUACCUAAAAAGUUUGAAGUCCUCAAACAGGUUUUAUUGUAAUGAUAGUGUGCACUAAGUUGAAACUCAGUAACUACUUAUGUGAUGUAAAAUUGGUUCAUUGUAAGUUAAGCAUGAAAUUGUGUGAUUCAAGACAAUAAAUAAAAACUGGGGUGUGUUAAUUCAAAGGAAUUACCAUUAUCACAUCAACUUAGUAAUUUUGAUUUAUUCAGCUUA